CCCCGCAGACCCGCCGCCGGCGACAGGAGGGGCUCCGAGCUUAGCGCGGAGAUGGCGGCCAGGAGCCUCCGCGGGCAAGGCCGGGCGCUGCCGAGGGAGGAGGCGCCAGCCGGUUCAUCAGACUUAACCGCUGCUGGAAAUUCUCACCAGCCUCCGUUAGCAAAUCCCACUGUGUCAGAAAGUGAUUUUUCUAAAGAUGUUGCAGUGCAAGGGUUGCCUUUGAAUAACACAGAAGAGAGCAACAGACAAAAAGCAAAUGACAUCUGUAUUUCUCAGUUUGCCAUGGGACAGAAAGAUGCUCUAAGAACAGUUUUAAAGCAAAAAGCACAGAGCAUGCCUGUUUUUAAGGAAGUAAAAGUUCAUCUUUUAGAGGAUGCAGGCAUAGAAAAGGAUGCUGUAGCGCCGGAGGCCAGAAUUUCACCCAGUGGCAUUGAUUCAGCGACAACUGUGGCUGCAGCAACUGCUGCUGCUAUAGCGACAGCGGCUCCACUGAUAAAGGUGCAGAGUGAUUUGGAAGCAAAAGUCAACUCUGUUACAGAAUUACUUAAUAAGUUACAGGAAACAGAUAAACACCUACAGCGUGUUACAGAGCAGCAAACAAGCAUUCAGAAUAAACAUGAGAUGCUACAUUGUCGUGAUCAUGAGAAGCAAAUGAAUGUGUUUAUGGAGCAGCACAUUAGGCAUCUUGAAAAACUGCAGCAGCAGCAGAUCGAUAUUCAGACUCAUUUUAUUAGUGCUGCACUCAGGACUAGUAGUUUCCAGCCUGUUGACAUGCCUGCUUCCAGAGCAAUGGAAAAGUGUCCUGUAAGAGCAGAGCAUCCUGACCUUGGGGGCAGGAAUCUGUCCUCACACAGCACAUUUGCUUCCAAACAAGCACCUUUAAGAGAAAUUGAAGAUUUGGAUUUUGAUAAACAGAAAUCUCCUUUAGAGACCCCAGCACCUCGCAGGUUUGCUCCUGUACCUGUUUCAAGGAAUGAUGAAAUAUCAAAGAGGGAAAAUCCUACGGAAGAAAAAGAAAAUAUGGACAUGUUGGGUCAAAGAAAUAAAGUAAGACUCUUGGAACAAAUUUUGAAUAAUAAUGAUUCUUUGACAAGAAAAAGUGAAUCAGAUUUAACAUCACUAACUGUGUCAAAAAUGGGAUGGAAUCCUGAGAAAAACAGCUUUGAAACUCAGCCUUCUCAAAGAUUUCCUUCCUAUGAAGAGCUAGGAACAGCUGAAGUGACUGCGCAGAAGUCUGAAGGCACUCUUCCUGAUCUUGGCCAAAAGAAGAAAGAUACAGACAGCAUGCUCCAGGCAAAAGACUCUCUGAUGCUGAGGCUUGCUGAUCUCCCACAGAAUUCAGUCAAGCUUCAAACAGCCAGCACAACAAGAUCUGUUUUGAAGGAUGCCGAGAAGAUUUUGAGAGGAGUACAAAACAAUAAAAAGGUGCUGGAAGAAAACUUGGAAGCUAUUAUCCGUGCAAAGGAUGGAGCUGCCAUGUAUUCCUUCAUCAGUGCUUUGUCUACAGAUAGGGAAAUAUCAGAGAAGAUUAGGAUUAAGAAGACAGUAGAUGAGUGGAUUAAAACUAUCUCUGCAGAAAUUCAGGAUGAGCUGACAAGAAAAGAUUAUGAACAAAAAAGAUUUGAUCAGAAGAUUCAAAGGAACAAGAAAGCUCAGAAUAUGAGUAAAGAUAUUAAAGCCAACACACAAGACAAAACUGUAAACAAAUCUGCAAUUCCAAGAAAAUAUUCUCACAAACAAGUAGAGGAGCAUUUUAGAACUCUACCAGUGAGGAACACCCCCGCCUCGAGUUUACAGAAAAAAGAGAGAAAAGAAGGGGUUUUGAAAGCAACCGCAGUGAUACAAGAUGAGGAUUACAUGUUACAAGUUUAUGGAAAGCCAAUUUACCAGGGUCAUCGCAGCACUCUUAAAAAAGGACCGUAUCUCAGAUUUAGUUCUCCAUCUCCUAAAUCCAAGCCACAGAGACCAAGAGUAGUAGAACGAGUUAAAGGCACUAAAGUCAAGUCAAUAAGAACACAGACUGACUUUUAUGCAACAAAGCCCGUGAAGAUGGAUACUAAAAUGCAGCAUUCCCUUGCUACGUUACCUCGUGUGGAUCAGCAGUAUGUGUUCAGUCCAAGCAGAGAAAUGCCUACUUUUUCAGGUACACUGGAAGGUCAUCUGAUCCCCAUGGCAAUUCUUUUAGGACAAACUCAAAGUAAUAGUGAUUCCAUUCCACCUGCUGGAGUAAUUGUGAACAAGCCACACCCUGUAACUGUGAUUACUUCUAUUCCCCCAUCAUCUCAAAGAAAAGAAACUGGAGUGAAGAAGCCGAACAUAGCAGUUGUAGAAAUGAAAUCAGAAAAAAAGGAUCCUCCUCAUCUUACUGUGCAGGUUUUACCCAACGUAGAUAUUGACAGCAUCUCAAAUGGCAGUGCUGAGGUCAGUCUGCCUCUGCCUAGUCCCAGAGAAGCAUCUCCUCUGCAAACCUGGAUGCAGACUCCAGAAUUAAUUAAGGUAGAUGAAGAUGAGGUGAAGUUUCCAGGAACUAACUUUGAUGAAGUAAUUGAUGUAAUACAGGAAGAGGAACACUGUGAUGAAGUUCCAGAAUACUCUGAACCAGUUCUCGAGUUUAACAGAAAUGUUAAAGUUGUUUCCACAAAAUAUAAUGGCCCUCCGUUUCCACCAGUUGCUUCCACUUUUCAGCCUACUACUGAUAUUCUGGAUAAAGUAAUUGAGAGAAAGGAAGCAUUGGAAAAUAGCUUAAUUCAGUGGGUAGAACAAGAAAUAAUGUCAAGAAUCAUCUCUGGGUUCCUUCCAGUCCGACAGCAGGCCAGACCUGAUGUCAGUGUCUCGGUCAGUGAGGCAAGUGAGCCUUUGUCCUCUGAUGCUGUGGAAAGAACAAGCAGUGGUGUCCUCCGGCUUUUUGUUGACGCUGGGGUUCCUGUGAACUCAGAUGUGGUUAGCCAUUUUGUGAAUGAAGCACUUGCUGAGACCAUUGCUGUCAUGCUGGGUGACAGAGAAGCAAAGAACCCACAUCCCACUGCUUCGGUCGUUCCUGGUGAUGUUUUAACCAAUGAAACAGACUUGCCGGCAAGAGUGUGUACCCCAGUGGCUACCCCACAGCCUACUCCUCCUCAUUCACCAUCACCUGCUAAGGAGCAUGUGUUGAUAGAAACCCCUGUUGCUUCUCCCUGUGAUUCAGAUCAUGAUGUGGCUCUCCCUGUGAAAGAAAUCCUUGCUGAAAAAGAAAGAUCUUUAGGAAAUGAUAUGCCUGCCAUCACCCUUAUUAAUACUCCAGCAGUCACUCCUGCUACAACGCCUCCUCCAGCAGCAGCUAUUACCCCAAGUUUGUCAGAGAUUUCCAUCGAGAAGUUGAAGAUACCGAGCCCAGAGCUUCCUAAGCCAUGGGCUGAUGGAGACCUGCCUUUGGAAGAAGAGAAUCCUGACUUUCUUCAAGAAGAGCUUCCUUACCCAAGAGCUAUUGUCAUGUCUGUGGCUAAAGAUGAAGAACCUGAGAGUGAGGAUUUCCCAGCUCAGCCUGCGGCUCCAGAAGCAGUGCCCCUCACACCAUUUCCUGCCAGUGCCAAAGCUCCUUCCUCCUCCCAGAUGCCCACUUCUGAUUCAACAACACCAGAGAGCACUUUGAGUGUCACUGUCACUGAAACAGAAACUCUAGAUAGGCCCAUCUCUGAAGGAGAGAUUUUAUUUAACGUUGGACAAAAAUUGGCUACCAAUGUUUUAGGAGAUGGAGGGCUGUAUUUGACAAAUCUAAAUGAUAGCCUAUCCAGCACUCUGCAGGAUGCCCUUGAAAUGGAAGAUGAUUCUCCCAGUGAAGGACAGGUGAUUAGGAAACCCCAUAAAGAAUGUCAUACAGAGGCAGUUCUUUCUCUUCUUGCUAAACAAAACCAGGAGCCAGUAGUUUCAGAGCAAGCAGCCUGUCAUUCAGAGGACUUGGAAAACAGUGUGGGCGAACUGAGUGAAGGGCAGCGGCCCAGGCUGCCAGCAGCUGCGGAGAACAUCUUGCUGGGACGUGCUGUGCGUGUUCCGCAGCCUGGUACCCAUGCGGAGUGUUUGCAACAACAGUGGGAUCCUAAGCCAUCAUCUCAGCAGCUGGGCACAGUUUCAGGUAGUGUUUGUGAAGGUUCCUGUGCUAGUCAUGGUCCGAUGAGUUUGGGAGAAUUGGAGUUGCAGCCAAUCUCUAACGUUGUAGUUCCCACAACACUUCUGACUGUUAAAGAAAAUGUUGGUAAUUUACCAAAAACAGCUGAAGAUUUUUCUCAGUGCCAACAGAAGCAAGACCAGGAUGCUAAGCAAGUUGAACACAAGCCAGCACAAAGUCAUUUACUAUGUGUAAGAGCUGUACUUCCACAACAGCAGGUUUCACCAAGUGAUAUGGAUCGAACACAAAUUGAGCCCAAUCUGUAUCUUGCAUCUGUAACAGGUGGUAGAGCUGCUUCACACUCGUCACCUGCCAAGAUGUCGGUGACGCUGCCCUCGGUGAAGCUGGAGGACUGCUCUCAGUCUCCGAGUGCCAGCACGGGGCAGGGGGACACGGAGUCCUCCGGAACAGACACCUUCUGAGAGGAAAGGAAGAGCCACACACUGUGCUACUGGUUUCAAAGUCAUUUUACUUUGGCCUACAACUGCCUUUCAGACUGUUUGGGUCUCUGAGUAUGUCCUGAAAAAGUAUUUCUAAUUUUUUAAUAAAAUGAAAAGUAUACUUGGAUAUUUUAGGUGAAGUUUUUAAAUAAAAUAAAUAGAAGUCAUUGUAAGUCUGGCUGUGAGUUUCUUAGAAGCCUGAGGUAGCAUGGGCUAGUGGAAUUGGCUUUUUUUUUUUUUUUUGAAGAUUUAUGUAUUUGAAAGAGUUACAGAGAGAGAGAGAGAGAGAGAGAGAGAGAUCCUCCAUCUGCUAGAUCAAUCCCUAAAUGACUGUGAUGGCUAAGUCUGUGAGAGGCAGAAGCCAGGAGUCAGGAGCUUCUUCUGGGUCUUCCACGUGGGUGCAGGGGCCCAAGCACUUGGGCCAUCCUCUGCUGCUUUCCCAGCACAUUAGCAUGGACCUGGAUCAGAAGUGGAGCUGCUGAAACUCAAAUCAGCACCCAUAAAGGAUGCUGGCACUGCAGGCAGUGGCUUAACCUGCUGUACCACAGUGCCAGCCCCUGGGCAUGCCUUUUGACAGCUCAGAAUUUACCCUACAUGAGUAACUACUUGUACAUGCUUGUAAAAUUAUGUAGCUUGAGUUUAUUCAUUAUAACUUUUUUUAAUAGCAGCAAAUAACUGGAAGCAAUCUAAUGUCUAUUCGUAAGGGACCGGUUAAAAAAAGAUAUGAGGCUGGUGUUAGGCUCAGCAGGUUAAGCUACCACCUGUGAUACCAGCAUCCCAUAUGAGCACAGGUUCAAGUCCUGGCUGCUCCACUUCUGAUCCAGCUCCCUGCUAAUGCAUCUGAGAAAGCAGGAGAAGAUGGCCCAAGUACUUGUGCCCUUGCCAACCACAUGGAAGACCCAGAUGGAGUUCCAGCUCCUGACUUCGACCUGGCGCAGCCCUGGCUGUUGUGACUAUUUAGGGAGUGAAGUAGCAGAUGGAACGUAUCUCUCUCUUUGUCUCUCCCUCUCCCUGUAACUCUGCCUUUCAAAUAAAAGGCGGGGUUGUGUUUGUCUAAUGGAAUAAAAGACUGUAUGUAUUUAUAUGGAAUUAUCUGUGAGAUGCACUGUGAGAGUGAAAAAACAUGUGCAAAGCAGUGUGUGAAAUCUACCGUUACUUAAAGCGGGGUGGGGCAGAGCCCAGAUACAUGGCAUCUACAGACACACUUAAGUGUGUGUUUGUGUCAGUACCUUGGGAAUGAUACACAGGAAACUGCUGAUUGGCCAGGUGAGAGUUGAUGACUGGGUGAUAAGAGAGGGGAGUGGCAGGAAUCAGAUGAUUGUAGUUGCCACAAAUUUGAACUUCAAUUGUAACAGGAAAAAUUGCGAGUGAAGUUGAUUUUUA